UUAACGACAAAUGUAUUAACACUGGAUAUUGCGAAGCUUUUUUUUUGUGUGUGUGUGUGUGUGUGUGUGUAUGUGUGUGUGUGUGUGUUUUGUUAUCGCCAAGUGCACACCUACAAAAGUUGUUUCGUGUAGUGAAGAGGUUCGGUUUCGCGGGACUCUUUUAGCAAGUGCAAUCUUCAUGCUGCGAACGAUAGCAAAAGUGACAGUCAAGUUUUCCCUGUCACAACAAUAUGAGUUUGGAUUUUAAUCUGGAUUAGAGCCAUGUUAUUGGAAAUAACUAGUAAUUCCUUUCGCCGCAGUUCGGUCUUUUGAUUAUUUGACAUCACUUGAAAUCUUCCUACUCAGCAGACAUGUCCGUCAAUCGUAUCAAAGUUUUGCUUUACUUUUCGUUUGUUUUGACGAUUGGUCAUUUCACAACGAUCGAAACGUGCACGGACUUUUGCCACGUUGAGAAUCAUUGUAUUCUAAGAUGCUCGUCAGAGAUAGUAAACACACAGAAUGGAACGGAUAAUGCGCCUAGCGACUUGUGGUGCGAUGGAGGGUGUCGAAGAGAUCAUUGCAUUUCGGGUUGCCGCCGUUGGGCUAAAGCGUUGAAUACUAACUGCUACGCUGCUUGUAAUUCCACGGAUGGACACACGCGAGGACAAGCCAUCUAUUGCCUUCGGGGAUGUAACUUGGCUAUUUCCUCCUAUGUCGACGAUAUUAAAGCUCGCAUGGGUAGGAUCGUGGCGCCGAUUCCAAUUGCAGGCUCGAUUAGCAACACUUCGGUGACGCUGGAAUGGAAAUGGAAUGCGACUGCUCUUGGUUUGCUCCAUCGCAAUCACGUGAUCAACGUCUCGAUCAAAUGGUGCCACUCUCAGCCAGAAAUGUGCAGUGCUUGGGAGGCCGUCCCGAACGCGACCGAACGUUCCGGUCAAUCGCUAGUCACGGUUAACGAACUUCGACCUUACACCAUCUAUCGGUUUCGUUUGGUGAUUGUGUUGGCCUCCGACCGGGAGCCGCUGACGUCCGAAGAAUCAGCCCCCGUUGUUACCCUACCAUCCGGUUUACCCAGUUCUCCACCGAUCAACCUCGAAGUCGUUGUUUUGGAUGCCAAUCGGAUUUCGAUCACCUGGGAUCCACCAUAUUAUCCCAACGGACCAUUAAUCUCCUACUCUUUAAAUAUUCAAGAAGCUUCCUCACGGAAAGGCUACCAAGGUUCUCAGGAUGUCGGUGCGAACAAUCAUCGUUCCUACACUUUCGUUCACCUGAAACCCAAUACGACGUACAUUGUAUCCGUGGCUGCGUGUAAUUCUGUUGGAGGAGUUGGACCUGCUGCAAGCCGACAUGUUACCACCUACCCUUUGGAGAAACUUCCAGCUGGAAAUGACUUGAAGCCAUAUUUCCUGAUCGUAGUUGACGAUAAAUUCAUUUACCGUCAUGAACCCGGUUUAAUUGAUUACACUAAAUCACCUAUUCAUGAAAGCCAAAGCACCGCUAUUACAGGGUUGGCUGUUCACGCUCGCCAAGGUACUUUGUUUUUGGCUGAUGAUGAUGGUUACGUGUACGAGUUGAGCUUGAAGCCCAAAUCGGAUAUACGAAACCGGUGGCGUGUCGGCAAAGAAAUUGUCCACGUCAUAGGACUCAGUGUCGAUUGGCUUUUCGAUCGGUUGUAUUUAUUGAUUGAAAAUGAUGAAGGCACCAGUUGGCAGAUCUCUCGUUGCAAAUUGGACGGUCGUGAAUCUGCAUACGUCGUGACCGAUCUCACCUACAAACCGUCUCAUUUCGAAGUCGACCCGUUUAAUGGUUUCCUCGUAUGGACGGUGAAUCAUACCGAUGCAACUGGCGGUUUGUAUAUUGUCGACUUGGCUGAUUUGGCGGACCAACCUCUAUCAGCGAUGACAAUCGAAACCGGACCGACGAGUAAAAUCCAGCACAUUCUUCACGAUGUGGCUAUAUCGGCUUUUAAAGCCGAUCCCAUUAACUCUCGUAUUUUUGUCAUGGUGAAUGACGUGUCCACCAAUCGAACCAUUUUGGCCGUUCCUUACAGUGGAUUGUGGAAAAAAGUGGUUCGCCAUUCCAUGCGCGAUGUGGAAGCAAUCAGUUACAUGGCUUAUCUUGACGACGUCUUUUAUUGGACUAAUCUCGGACAUUCAUUCUUCGAAGAAGCCGACCCAAACAGAGACAUCCAUGUCCACCGAUUUGCUCCAAAAGCUGAAAGCAGACACACGGCAAUCAUCCUGUGCGACAUCCGAAGCCAACCGACACCCAUUCCACUUACACCUGUUCGAAAUCUGGAAGCAAUUUUCGGUUCCGAUUCAGUCUACGUAAAAUGGGACCCUCCAUCGACCGUAGCCCAUCGAGGCAGAGGGGCGUGGCAAAAUUGGUCUUACCACGUUCAAAUUGGCGAUAUGGAAAGGGACAUUUCAGUCUCCGAAAACGACAUCAACACGACAGAAAUGACGUUAAAAGUUUUACGUCCAAACACGACCUAUUCUAUUGUUGUUCAACCGGCAUCGGAUUACGAUCGACGCUACGCUCCGCUCCGGCCAAUUCCGGUGGAUUCUAGCCACGUUGUUUCUGUCAGUGCUUAUUUUUUUGGCAAAACCCUUCCUAGUGGUGAAGAGAUCAGACCAAUCUACUGGGCUACCGACGACGGUGUCAUUUAUCAAUCCAAUUCGGUAGGGGAUGAUGUCCGAUCGUUUAUCAGCGUUAAUUCUUCACAUUUGAACUGGGGACGACACGCACUGAAGGAUGUAGUGGUUACUAAUAUGGCGUGGAUGCAUAACUCUAUGUAUGUGGUGACCAACACGAAUCGGAUGUACCACGUCGAUUUAACAUCACGCAAUGUCACACUUCUCGAAGGUUUAGAAGCUUCAAGUGUUGCCACAGACUGGCUCUCUCGCAAAGUUUACUGGUCAUCCGCCAACAGACAAACGAUUGGGCGUUGCGCAGCCGAUGGGAGUGGACAGGAAUGGCUGCCGAUCAUCGGUCGUGCAACAUCCAUGGCCGUGCACUCGACUAAGGGUAAGCUUGUCUGGUGUACGGGACACUCAGUGGAGGGUAGUUUCUUGAACGCCGACAAUCGGCAGACUUAUUGGUCUUCGGGGCUUCAUUCAGGCAACCAAGCUCUAGGGAUGGCCAUAGACUAUGAUAACGAUGAUGUUUAUUGGCUUGUGAAGAAACUCAACGGUGCAUCGCUACUCUAUAGAACUCACAUUGAUUCAGCUAUAGACGUAGCCUUGGUCAACGAGAUUACACCAAAUGCUAGAGGUCCGUUACAGUACAUGUCCGGCCGCUUGAUUUGGCUGCAGGACUCGUUGGACAAAAUUGUGAUUAGUGAUUUGAACGGCACCAACACGUAUCAACUGAACAGCCCCAAGCAACUACGCGUCUCCUGGUUUCUUCCAACUCAUUUUUCACGUUCGUACAAUUCUACCACAGCCGUUGUCAUCCCUAACCCUGUGGAUGCAGCGUCUAUUCUCCUGAAACCAGUGGUUAACGAGGGGCUGGUCAUAAGUUGGUCACACGUCACAAAUGUCAACUAUGGUAAUGUGGCCUACGACAUUCGUGUUAGUUAUCGGGAGGACAACUGUACAGCGGUCACUGCCGAUGAUCAUUACCCAGUGCCGACCAACUGGAAGAUAUUGCCUUAUUCUGACGUAUCGGUUUCGAUCAGAGCAUUCACUGUAUGGGGAUCAGCAAACGUAUCAAAUGUCAUUUUGAAAUCUCCUCCUUCAACACCGGAAGUUCCUCUUAAACCAAGAGCUUUCGUAUCGUUCGUCCGCAACGAUAGCAGCAGUUUGGCGGAGGUAGUCAUCCAUUUUCGAUGGUCCCCCCCGGCCAAAUCAAAUGGUGAACUGGCUGGGUACAGGGUAACCUAUUGUCGCGAAACGAGUGAAUCUCAACAUCGUGAUUGUCAGAACGCAAAUGUUUCUCCUAGUGCUACUGAAUUUGUUGCGCGCAAUGUGGGAACUGACGAUUAUUAUGUCUUUACGGUUAAAGCCUUUACCGAGGUCGGCUAUGGGCCAGAAACGCGAACCCUAGAGGUAUCAACCUCAAUAGAGACUCCGAUUCCGCACUUGGUGAUCUUCACGUCAAACUUGUUAUGGUUGGCGGAUUUGGAUAAUCACGCCUCGUUAAAUCAGUCUGUCGCUAAACGAGCCAUCUCAGUGCCAUCGCCUCCCGUAGCGGUUGCGCUCAUCAAUCACGACCGUAAAGUCUACUGGAUUGACACCCAAGGCGACUUCUAUUCUCACGAUUUGCGAAGUGACGACAUCAAAAAGAUACAUCACCUUAACGGUACUGGUGAGAGCUUAACCAUCGACUGGGUUAGCCGUCACGCAUAUUGGUCGCAAAGAGAGAUGGGCGUUUCGUCCGUCUACCAAUUAGACUUGAACAAGAAGACGGACGAAUACGCAACACCUCAGCUUGUGUUACGCGAUCCUCGGAUGGUCAGAUUAGUCGAAGUCGACCCUUUUAGCAGCCGACUGAUCUGGGUGUCUGAUAACCAUAAUGGAACGGGAACGUUAAUGACAACUGACAUUCGCGGUGGUCAAAAUCGACUUUUCUUUAACAAUCCACAGUAUUGUGGUGUUAAUAGUCUUCGUAAUAACACUUUGACGCCUCCAUUGGCUUUGCAAACGAUUACGACCAUUGACUGGUCAGACACUCACAAACCUCGUCUCAUAUGGACGGCCCACAAUGACGAUAUCUGGUCUUCCGAUUUGAAAGGUUGUUUUUCAACACCUGAACUCAGUUCUUCUGAAAUUAAAAGAACAGGACGCUGGCCAAUCUCUUCCUUAGCUGCUGAUCGCACACAUUUCUAUUGGACUGACGUUAAGGAGCGACGAGUACAUAAAAUGCGCCGCUUGUCAUCUAUCCUAGACCGAAACAAAUUCUUAGCACAGUCUGGUUCAAUCAGCGCUUUCGCUAGCCGUAGUGAAGUGUUAGUCGAAUUAGCCAACGUUUACAAGGUGGUUACCUUCAGCACUAACUUCCAGCCGCUUCCCGAUGUUGAAUGCCUUGCUCCUAGCAGUUACCCGUAUAAUGUCAAAUUCGUGAACAGCACCCAUGACAGUCUCACAUUGUCCAUGCCGAUGCCACAGAGACCUGCAAAGUGUAACGGAAUGACUAUGGCCCCUCCGACGUAUCAUCUCUACUACGGUGAAAUCAGGCCGAAUCAAACGGGAGGAUGUCGACAUAAUCUAAGCCAAUGCUUAACAGAGACGAGUAACGACAGCGUUGUGUUCUUGCGGAAACUUCUGCCCAACACUAAGUACGUUGUGCACGUUAGCAUUACAAAUCAUUACAUGCCAGUCGGGAAUUCUUUGCCGAAUAUUACGUUGGACAAUGCAGAUAUAUUCUCCACUCAAGUCGGAGCUCCUUCUAAACCAAGAGAAGUCGUUGCCAUCGUAACCAGCCCGGUAUCUGUCCGCGUGCAAUGGCUUCAACCGAGUUCUUUGAACGGAAUCAACAUUACAUAUUCAGUUCAUUGGCUGUCGGAGAAUAAAUUCGGGUCACCCAUCGAAGGUCAAUUAAAAUUAUCUGAAGAUGUGGAGGACCAGGCGGGCCCUUUUCGCUAUUUCAUCGACAUUACUUCGUUGACAGCAAACACCACUUACGCCUUCAUGGUUCGAGCUUAUUCAACCAAUGGCCAGUUUAAUCAAAGCGAUUUCGUAACGACCACAACUUUUGAAAAUCCAAAAGCUCUUGUUAUGAGAAACGUUUCUUCUACGUCAGUCCUUUUGGAAUGGAAAUCACCGAACAAUACGAAUAUCACAAGGCACAUCCUUCUGUGUUCCGUAUCGAAACAGGGGAUCUGGAAAGAAAUGGAACAUUGGUCUGAUACGAAACCCGACCACACCUAUAAUUUCAGUGCUAUAGAAUUGUCACCAAAGACUAGUUAUUCGUUCCGUUUGAAGCUUGAAUAUUCACCUUUGAAGACAUCCUUUUUAUGGCCAGCUGACGAUGACGGAAUACUUUUGACUACUAAAGGAAACGUUCCAGAUCAACCUUUAAGCCCAAGAGCGAAUAAAAUUGUGGAUAAUCUCAUUGAACUGUGGUGGGGAACAAGAGCGUCCAACGAUUAUCCUAUUCUGCGAUAUGUUUUGGAAAUGAGAUGUGUCGAGGACCCAGUUUUCUUAGACAGGCAUGACAAUGAAACUGAUUCAGGAAUAACGAAGACGGCCAUCUUUCCGAACACGCAAUCCUCCUGGAAACCCAUAUAUAACGGAACAGAUAAUUUCUACAUAGUACCUAACCUAAAACCAGGUCCGAGGUAUCAGUUCCGAGUGCAGGCAUUUAACGAGAUGGGCGCAAGUGAAGUGAGCGAUGCGAGCCCCAUUUUUCAAACGACAUCCAACAACACCAACAUUACAAUGAUCGUUUUUGUCUCAGGCUUGAUAGCUUUCUGUUCCGUCAUGACCAUCUUCAUUUUUUACGUUUGCCGACGAACCCAAUUUCAAGGCAAAAAAGCCGGUGGAAAUAUGUCUUCUCAUCCCAUCGGCGGUUCAGAGAUGACUGAUCUGGCCACACUACGAGAACUGCCGCGAAGAGAAAGUUUUAUUCAACAGAACAAUGCUAUUUAUGGCGUUGGAGAUGGGGACGUCGAUCAAGAAUUGGCUUUACUUCCACACAUCCGUUUUGAAGAUCUGCUCAUCACCAAAUUUCUCGGAAGAGGCGCUUUUGGGGAGGUUUUCGAAGGCACCACCUGUAAUUUACCUGGCUCGAAUCAGUACCACACCAAAGUGGCCGUUAAGACUCUUCGUAAGGGAGCCACUGAUCAAGAGAAAGGUGAAUUCCUGAAAGAAGCCAUUCUGAUGAGCCAGUUUAAACACAAACACAUUCUACGAUUGUUGGGCGUGUGUUUGGAUGCCGAUCCCAGUUUCAUUUUGCUCGAGCUCAUGGAAGGUGGCGAUCUUCUUUCAUUCCUACGCAAUAACCGACCGUCUCUGCGUGAACCACCAGCCAACAGUGCCACUUGUUGCCAGUUGGGAUUGCUCGAUUUGGUCUCUAUGUGUGUCGAUGUUGCUAAAGGAUGUUGUUACCUGGAAGAACUGCACUUCGUUCAUCGAGAUCUAGCCGCAAGAAAUUGUCUGGUCUCUAGUCGCGAUCCUCGUUUUCGGGUAGUCAAAAUUGGAGAUUUUGGACUUGCUAGGGACAUCUAUCGUAACGAUUACUAUCGUAAAGAAGGUGAAGGGCUCCUGCCCGUUAGGUGGAUGGCUCCCGAAUCGUUGGUGGAUGGUGUCUUUACUAGCCAAACUGAUGUUUGGUCAUUUGGUGUCCUCCUGUGGGAGAUUCUUACACUUGGUCAGCAACCGUAUCCUGCCCGGACGAAUCUUCAAGUGCUACAUUUUGUCCGAACUGGUGGUCGUCUCGACCGGCCGCCAAACUGUCCCGAUUCUCUGUUUGAAUUGAUGAUGAGCUGCUGGUCGUAUGAGCCUUCUGCCCGUCCGACAUUCACAAAAUGCCUUGCAGAAUUAUUGAAUCUACAAGAUAAAUUGCAGCAUUCACCUUUCACUGCGGUGCAUAAUGGACAUUACGUGGGAGCCCCACUUUACCGAGGAUGUAACAAUAAGACCUUCUUCCAAAACGAAAAACACUAUGCCAUUUCGGAAACCAAUCCGUGGCAAAUCAAUCGGGAUUCUGUUGAAUCAGGCGACUCAUGCUCGUACCUCGACCAACACUCACUGGAACAAGGACCGACCCUCUACACUAAUGACAUAGCGGCUGUGUUACACGGGCUUGUGAGUAGACCCAACACCAGACACUCAUCCAGUGGAAAUCGAACGCACCGUGUGGAACGGUGUUCGUCAGUACGAGAUUCAAGGGGACGACAACACAACGCAAACCCUUCCAUAUCAAUUAUCCGAUCCCAUUCUACAAUCGAAGGCUCAACACAAUCAGUGGCUAGCGCACGCGGACGCUAUUUGGAACUGCUCGGAGACACUGUCGUUUGCGGCCACGGUUGCAGUGAUGGUUACGAAGUGCCUCGCAAUAUUAGCUAUGAAUCGAGUUCACAAAUGUUUACAGAUGCGCUGUUACAGCGUUCUCACAGUAGUAACAGUCAAGUGGAUAAUGACGAUCUGAGUGAUGCCACAGACGAGAGUUGUUUGGCCAAUGAAAGCGUUUGCGCGAGCAUUCCUUCCCCUACGAAUACCCUCAUCUCAACUUUAAGUGCUUCGACAAUGCCUUCUGAAAUGAAUCAUUUGUAAGCCAAUGUAUUGUUUUUCUUCUAAUGUACUCACUUGCAGUUAAACGCCUUCUCAAUUGCCCUUAAUAUGCAGAGCUAUAAGACCGGUGAAAUUGCAAUUUUAAUACGUUGAUUUGUCUGUUAUUGUUCAUCAAUUGAUCUUCCGAACUACGAGGCCUUUUUCCCCUCCAGUCUACGUAGCUGUAAUUAUGUAUAUUUUGGUAUUAUUUUAUUGCCUUUUUUUACGGAGAGCAAAUUAUUGUACGUAUUGACCACUAAGCGUUUGAAUCUAUUUUUAAAGCACAAUCCUAUUAACGUGUGUGCCUCUGAUUGGUUUUCCAUUUCAAGACGAUGCAUCAUAAAUGUUUGUACAGGUACUGUUGAUGAAUAUAAUAAAUCCACGUUCGUGGGUCACCUUCA